AUGUCAGACAGUGUAUACUCAAUUCAUCGUCUAAAAGAAUGUCAUUUUUCAAAUGAAGAUUUGUGCAAUCUUACAGGUUUGAACAAAGACCAGUUCUUAGAUUUAAGCUCUAUUACUGAAGAGCAUGUUAGAAAUACGCCAGUUAGAAGCCACAUUACUACACUGGGUAUAUUUAUGUUUAAACUUAAGUCUGGAUUAUCAAACAAAAUUCUUUCAACACUUUUUGAUGUAUCUAAAUCAAGCAUAAGAAGAGCAGUACAUACAAUCAGAAAAGUGCUUGUUUCUGAACUUGUUCCUAAAUAUCUUGGCUUCCAGCACAUAUCAAGAGAAGAAAUUAUAAAAAGCCAUACUCGUUCCCUAUCACAGUCACUACUUGCAGAAAAUGCCAGCCAAGCUAUAAUUGUUUUAGAUGGAACAUACAUAUAUAUUAGAAAAAGUACAAACUUCAAAUUCCAAAGACGUUCUUAUAGUGUACAUAAAGGGCGGCCACUUGUUAAACCUAUGGUAAUAGUCAGCACCACUGGAUACUUUAUUUCCGUAUUAGGACCAUAUCUUGUAGAUUCUAAAAAUAGUGAUUCAGGAAUUUUAAACCAUGCAGUAAGGAAUAACAUAGAGGAAAUCAAAAAUUGGGCUCAGCCAAAUGAUAUAUUUGUUGUAGACCGUGGAUUUCGUGACUCCCUGCAAGUGCUGGAGGAGAUGGGAAUAAAAGCACAAAUGCCAAAGUUCAUGCCGAAGGGUGCCAAACAAUUAACAACCAUGGACGCUAACCACAGUCGGUUAGUAACAAAGGUCAGAUGGGAAGUUGAAGCAUCAAAUGCUCGAAUAAAGAGAUGGAAGUAUCUUGACCAUGUAUUGCCUACCAAUCAAGUUCCGUACAUUGGUGAUUAUGUCCGCAUUAUUUGUGCCACAUGUAACAAAUACCUUUCACCUCUAAAUGCAACCAAAGAUUUGAUGGAUGACACACUUGUAGCAGAGAGAAUGAGAGAUAAAAUCCAGAAUGUUAACCACUUACAAUCGUAUGUUCAAGAAAAUGAACUGUAUAAGCGAAAUAUUUCAAAAUGGCAAGCAGUGCAAGAAAUUGACAAUUUCCCCUCCAUAGAUGAUUUUACUCUUAGUCUUUUGACUCUUGGUACCUACCAAAUGAAACUUUGCCAGUCAUAUGCACAAGAGUACCUUGAUGGAGAUUGUGAUAUUUUGGUGUAUAAAGAAUCAAAAGACUUGUUGAGGGUAAGGCUUCAAAGUCGUCAUGUAUCGUCCAAGUCUUAUUUUGUUUGGAUUCAGUAUGAUUCAGACCAUGUCAAGGCUUGGUACUGCCAGUGCAAGGCUGGUGCACGGACAGUUGGAACAUGUUCACAUGUGGCUGCGGUGAUUUGGUAUCUAGGCACAUCUAGGCAGCAGUCUGACAGGUACGGAGUACAAGACUGGACUCAAUACCUUGAUGAUGCUGCCGAGAUGCCGCAGCCAAUAGAUUCAUCUGACUCGGAAGACAGUAUUGUAGAGGAAUAAUAAGUAAAGGGAAUCAUAUCAGUAA